AUGCAAGCUCCCAGAGAGUUGCAACAUUUCGCAGAUGCAUUUAGUAAGGUAAUAUUUUUUUGACAAUUGGUUCCCAAAGAAAACAAAAUUUAUACCGAAGCUCUGUAACUUUUUUAGGCCUCCGCCAAUGCCAUCCGUAAUGUCUGCAUUAUUGCCCAUGUAGACCAUGGAAAAACGACGAUUGCAGAUGCACUUAUCUCCUCCAAUGGCAUAAUUCCCCGUGAGGCUGUUUAAUUUUAUUUUAUUUUGGAUGUUUAGCUCGAUUGGUUGGACAAAUGCGAUUUUUGGACUCAAGGGAGGAUGAACAGGAAAGAGGAAUCACAAUGAAAUCUUCGGUAGUGUCCUUAUCCUUCGAUCCCCUUCUUUUGAAUCUGGUUGACAGUCCGGGACACGUUGAUUUCUUGGCCGAAGUUAAUUCUGCUGUCAACGUAGCUGAUGUUGCUCUCCUUGUCGUCGAUGUGGUUGAAGGAGUGUGUUCUCAAACAGAGAGUCUUCUCAGACAGGCGGUUCUAAAUCAAGUUCAAGUGAUAUUGGUGCUAAACAAGAUUGAUCGAUUGAUAACCGAGUUGAAGUUAACCGAAUCAGAAGGAUUUCAACAUAUCAGACAGUUGAUUGAGAAUGUCAACUCCACAUUGUCCCAGAUCUUCCAUGGAUUGCUCCUUGAGGAACAAACCGAUCAAAUCGAAUGGGAUAAGAUGGAUGCAGUUGAGCUCCGGCAUCAUUUCCAUCCCUCCCAUGGAAAUGUCCUUUUUUCUUCCGCUAUUUUUGGAUACGCCUUUUCGGUAGAAGAUUUUGCAUCCAAAUGGGCACCAAAACUCAAGCUAGAAGCAUCAUAUCUUCAGGAUAAUCUCUUUAGUGAUUGUUAUUUUGCCAGUGGCCAAUUACAGCAUGAUGCCGAAAGGAAAGGAAAGAAGACUCUCUUUGAACAAUUGGUCCUCACUCCCCUGUGGGAGGUAUACAAAGUCGCGUUUCAAGAUAAAGACGUCGAUAAAUUGAAGACGACAGCAUUGAAGUUAGGUCUUCCCGCAUUGAAGUCAAAGAGAUGUGAAGAGGCCUUCCAUGAACUGAUGAGAACAUGGAUGCCGUUGAGCUCAGCAGUCGCAAGAGCUGUAGCCCGAUGUCAAAGUGCCAAACAAGCGUUUACUUCGGAUGCGAGAAUUGCCAGGAUAUUUCCGGCAAAUGAUUGUGAUGAGAUUGUGAAAGGUCUGAAGAGUUGUGAUCCUGAAGACCCACUUUUGUUAUUAUUCAUCAUGAAGUUGUAUGUGAUCGAUGAUAAGAAGCUGGCUGUCUGCAGAGUUAUGAAUGGAAUCGUCAAGAAAGGUAUUUUUUUAAUGACUGGUUUAUUGUAAAUUUUUCAAUGCUACUUUAUAUUUUUUUAGACCAAUUUGUAUUUCCUGUCCGAAAAGAUAAGGAAUCGGAUUCUCAACGGGUGAAUUCGAUAAAUAUAAUGCUUGGGAAGGACCUUCAUGAAGUUGAACAAGCAGUUGCUGGUUCUAUCGUCGCCGUUGAGUUCACUGACUUCCCAUCUUCUUGCACUUUGUCCAAUCAGAAGAUAAAUUCAGAGGGACUUGGGUUUGACACAGCAGGAAUGGAACCGUUAGUUCGGGUAACCCUCAGGACAUCUCUGGAUCUCCAAACCGCCACUCAAUUAAAGCAAGGACUUAAACAUUUGAGUAUUGUGGACCCUUCUGUCAGAGUAUUCGAACAAGAAGAUGGAGAUCUUGCCUUGGUUACUGCUGGGGAAGUUCAUUUACAGAAAUGUUUGCAGGUUGGUCUAAGCCCUUACAGUUGUGUAACUAACAUGUUUUUCAUACAUUUAGGAUCUAGAACAGCUUGGACUGACAGAUCUUGAAGUCUCCGAACCAAUCGUUCCGUUCCUCGAAACCACAGUACCCGACUUGCAAAGUUCCAACGCCAAGAUUGUCGCAACUCAUCUUACUGUAAGCUUUGAUGUCCCUCCGGUUUAAAACCCUAUUUUAGGAAUGUUUCCUGAAGAACUUCAAUUUGAAGUUGAAGUUGCGAGCAGUUCCCUUGUCUGAAGAAAUCGUACAAGUCAUGAAGAAGUACGAGAAAUGCCUUUCCCAGUUCAAAGAAGGUUGGUUUUAUUUUUAUCGGUUUUUUAAUUUUUUUGUUUUUUUUUCUUGUGGCUUAUUAUGUUAUAUAUAUUGCUUUAGGAAUACGGUCACCUGAAUUGUUGACUUUUUUGAAAGAAUUGAAAGAAGCCGCGUCUUCAACGUUGCCAGGAACUAAGGGAACGUUCUGGGUACGGAAGACAAGAGAGGAUGUCGAGAAAAUAUUUGACGGACUAUGGACAUUUGGCCCGAGAAAGGCCAAGUUUAACAUUUUGUUCAACAUGAUCACUGAAAAAGGUAAACACAGAGAAAGCUAGUGUUUUAUUUUGAUUCUUUUAGAUGACACUGUAAUAAGAUCAUUGGAAAGAGCUGUAAUCGGUGGAUUCGAGUUGGCGAUGAGUCUUGGCCCAUUAUGUGAUGAACCAAUGCAUGGAGUGGGAAUCGUGGUGGAAGAAUUAGGUUUUGUGGCUCCAGAAGAAGACUCGGAAGAAGAAAAGGAACCAGUGGAAGUAACAGAUCCUCAACUUCAAGGUCAGAUGAUCUCGGCGGCCAAACAGACCAUACGAGCAGCGUUGCGGAAGACCCCGAUGAGAUUGGUGACUCCCAUGUACAAGUGUAAGAUCCAAACAUCCGCUCAAGCGCUUGGAAAAGUACACACAGUACUUGGGCAAAGACAUGCCAAAGUUCUCGAUGAAGACAUCAACCAAGCGACAGGAUUCUUCGAGAUCGACUGUUAUCUUCCUAUUGUUGAGAGUUUCGAUUUCUGCGAACAACUGCGAAAGAAGACCUCGGGUGUAGCGUCUGCCCAACUCCACUUCAGUCAUUGGCAGGUUAUCGACGAAGAUCCGUUUUGGCAACCUUCGACGGAAGAAGAACUCGAGGAAUUCGGAGAAAAGGGCGAUACGGUAAACCAGGCUCGGGAAUACAUGAAUAAUAUCCGGCGAAGAAAAGGUCUCCCAACCGACGAGGUCCUGGUCGUAAAUGCAGAGAAACAAAGAAACUUGAACAGAAAAAAAUAA